UAACAUUAAGAGCGUUGAAUCCUUAUUUCUGCUUGGGAAGUAUUUAGAGGGAUUGGCUAAGGGGAAGAUAUCUGAGGCCAUUGCCAAGCUUGAUUUGGCACCUGAAAUAGCAACGUUAUUGACUUUUGAUGGAGAAGGCAAUGUGAUAAAUGAACAAGAGAUUGAUAGUAGAUUGAUACAAAAGAAUGAUGUGAUCAAAAUAACGCCUGGUGGUAAGGUUGCUUCUGACGGUUUUGUUAUAUGGGGGCAGAGCCAUGUUAAUGAGAGUAUGAUAACAGGAGAGGCAAGGCCUGUUGCGAAGAGGAAGGGCGAUGGUGUGAUCGGCGGGACCGUUAAUGAAAAUGGGGUGUUGCAUGUUCAAGCCACACAUGUUGGAUCGGAGAGUGCUCUCUCACAAAUUGUCCGCCUUGUUGAAUCGGCGCAGAUGGCCAAAGCUCCUGUACAGAAGUUUGCAGAUAGGAUCUCGAUGUAUUUUGUGCCUCUUGUCAUUAUUCUCGCAUUUUGCACUUGGCUAGCCUGGUUUUUAGCUGGAAAGUUGGAUGGCUACCCGAAAUCUUGGAUACCAUCUUCCAUGGAUAGCUUUCAGCUUGCUCUUCAAUUUGGCAUCUCUGUUAUGGUGAUAGCCUGCCCCUGUGCCCUGGGUCUUGCAACUCCAACGGCUGUGAUGGUUGGUACUGGUGUUGGUGCUUCUCAAGGUGUGUUGAUCAAAGGGGGGCAAGCCUUAGAGAGUGCACAUAAGUUCAACUGUUUGUACUACUGUCUAUCUGAAAGUGGAAAGGAUGUGCUCCAUUUCCAAAUGCAAUGUAUGAAGUAUGCACUUGAUGCGGAAAUGAUUGACAAUUCACCGCCUGAUGCUCCUCAUGCUGAACAGGUAGCACCUUGAUCUAUUUUUGUUAGACACAGUAUUAAAACACAUUAUCCUUCAUAUUUUUGAGUCAAUUGAGUAAAAUGGCUGGUUCGUUGUAUCUUGGAUGUUCAGUUGACAUCAGUCUAAAUGGGCGUCCAAUGCCAAUUGAAAUAUUAAUUGCCGUAUGGGGGUCAUUGUUGGGAUUAGGGGUUCUUGUCUUAGCUGAUGAGUUUUGC